CGGGUAGUGUAUCUGUAGUCAGUCACAAUUGAUGUAGCCAUCUCUCGGAAACUUUAAUAGUAAAUACGUCUAUUAUUCGGUUCAUUAACCGCAUGACAAACAAUUACCUGUGGAUGCUUUUAAACAAGUCAUUGCUAAUGCAUUCCAACGCAUUGAUUCCGCAAACCUCCUGUCAAGUAUAUUUUUUAAGCUGCAAUGGAAGUCAAUUCAGAUAUCACUCCCGUAUAAAAGGGUAUCAUACAUCAAUUGUACAGCGUAUGAUUUGAUUAUUAUUCGUGCUAUCAUAAACUGGAUUAUAAAUCGAUGAUAAGACAAAUCAUUUUGAUGAUAGCAGUUAUAAUUUUAGGAGUUUUGAUGAUAGACCGAAUGCGUUGUUAAGUAUCGUUACCAUUAAAAAACGCCAGAUUUCUCGAGCAAAAAUUUUGCAGCAUCAUGUUAUAAUUACUCUAUCAUCAGCUAUAUGAUACGGUGAAUAAUAAAAACAAAACUGAAAUAUUUCACAAGAUCUGCUUACCGAUCAAAAAAAUAGCACACCCCUGCGGGCACUGUCAAGUCUAGCUAAGAUUGUGUGAAUCGUUGUUUGUUUUCACGGCGUUUUUUAUUUGGAGGAUCGGGAAUCGAACCGUGAGAUUGACCGUGAGCUGACUUGGUAGUUUCUCGUGUGGUGUUUACGCACAACACCAAAUAGGAUCAGUGCUCGCGGUUGACUGGAACUCAAUAAUGUUAUAAAGCCGAGAAGCAGGUGGCUCAGACCAUCGGGGAAGACUUCGAAUCAGAAGAACCUUCAGAAGGAAAAAUAAAUCUUUGGUGAAACGAAUAUUCUGCUCUACGGAUCAUUUUAAGUUAAAUCCCAGUGGAAACAGAUGCCAGAUUCAUAAACGAUGACGGAGAGAUGAAGGGUGCACAUGGGAAUGCAUUAACCGCACCACACCGUCUGCGGCAUACAAUAUUCACUUCGAAAUUUACAUAUUCACGAAACCGCGGUGGAAGCAACUCAGUGUUUGUGUUUGGGCAUCGCCCGAUAGAAAUAUUUUUGCCAAGGACUGUCGGAUUUGAAUUGGAUCACAAUGUACGUUUUCGUAGGCAAACCAUUUCAUUGCGAUAAAUAAUGACGAUGUGGUCAAAGUGCAUUCGAAAAGCAUUAAAAGUUGAUCAAUCAGUGAAAAGUGGAUUAUUAAAAAUUAUUUAUGAAUCAUUGAAGGAAUCGUUAUCAUUCAUACUAUAAUAAGUUAAAAGUAUUGAAUGAUCUCAUUUCGAAGACUUGUAUCAUUGAAUCAUACAUUUAUUAUUAUGCCUAUUGUUGCGGGGUGGACUUUCUUCGGCACGAAUAGACAAAAAUUGAAAGCAGCUUUCGGUUGGAGCAGCUUCAAUGCUGGAAAUACAUAAUUUAUUAUACUACAAACUAAUUAAUUAAUACUAAAAACUCUCUUACAUUUUGCUAUCUUCACUCGCAUUACGUCCACCUCUUACCACAACAGUUUACUUUCUGCUUCGGCACUGAACCGUGUUGCCAGUUUCACCAAACUCAAAUCUUUCCCAACACCUAUCGUGAUUAUUCCUCAACUGGAUAUCUUAUAAUAUGCACGAUACCAUUAACCAUAAUUCGGGAAUCUAUUAGUUUUAAACGAUCAUCGAGUGGAUUAGAAACAUUAGGUUAAGCAAUGCGUAUGUAUUGAACAAAUUUGGAAAAUUUCAAUUUUUUAAGAUACAAUAGGAUUUAAUUAUAAAUGAAAAUGAUGUUUUAUUAAAUAAAUAAAUGAAUAAAUAAGUGUCACAUCGCAGUACAGUAUGCGACAGGAAAAAACGCGAGUGUUUUCAAUUUCAAAACUCAUUUUCGUCCAUUUGACCACAGAGAACAGACAUCCAAGUCCAGUUCUGAAACUGUGUAAGGAAUUUAACGGACAUUUGAAAUCGGCAACACAAGUGGCAAUAGCGUGGCGCUGCAAUCGGUUAAUUUCCCAUACUAAUUGAAUUCACCACUUGAAAUGUUUCAAUUCACCACUGACUGUGGCAAUAUGGUGUUUGGUGGCGUUAGUGUUGUCAUCGUGUAUUGGUUUGCAACCUUACUCAAGUAAAGAUUCAAAUCCUUACACAACUUUCCGAAUGAAAUUUGUUCUAGCCUGGAUGUCUGUUCUCUGUGGCUGAAGUAAAUCAAUUUAAUUUUGUAUGGCGAAAAGCAUCUAAACUUGAAUUACUUGAAAUAGAAAGCUUUUCCCGAAAAAAUAUUUGGUAGGCUUUAUAGUGGUCACCAUUGUGUACAACCGCUACCAAAUAUUUUUUCGAAUAAUGUGUUCCACUUCGAGAAAUUUGCCUCUAGGUGCUAUUCGCCAUACAAUAUUUUUGCGAUUUUCGAUUUUUCGCGCAUAGAAGCUAGCGCCACAUUGGACGAUGGGGAGAGUAGGAAAACGAGGAAAACAGCCGAUGCAGUUAAGGUGAUACGGGACACCGUGUUAACUUUACUAUCUUCCAUCUCUUUCAUCAUUGUUAUCCUCGAAACUUUGACGAUGCAAAUCUCAAGUUGCAGUGGGCCGAUCUUACUGAAAACUUACACAUGUAAGCAUACUAACGAUCGAAUUUACAGCCCAUUCCAUGUAGUAGAGCUCGAGAUUUACAUCUUCAGAGUUUGAGAGCAAUGAUUGAUGAUUCUGAUGACGCCCCGUAAAGCCUUAAUUCAUUGUAGUGAAGCUCUAUUAAUAUUGAAGAGGCAUUGGAUGUUCUUUUCCAAAUGAUAUUGAAUUGAUCUUGAAUUAAUUAAACAGUUGUACCAAUCUCGACUGAGCUCACAACUAUCAACAUUCGACAAAAAAUAUGCUGCUACCAGGCGUUCCAGAUAUCGAUGGCAACGACAUUUAUCUUUGUCUUUGUCUGCCCGGUCGCACCACGGUUUCACUCCGGACAUGGUCCGAUGGCAUUAGUGUGAAUGUUGCCAUACAUUAUUAGUCCAUGACGAAACGAAAACAGUGUUGAUGUUGAUAAUCAUUUACAACCACUUGUUAGAGCCCGGACACUUGUCGAAUUUUCAUUCAUGGUAUGAGCGAUCUCCUGAUCCGAAUUGGCUCGUAUGACUCAUCUAUGCGAGAAUGCAUAACCCGAUCGGGCCCCGGCGUUGUUGGUGAGAAUAGCCCCUGUGCAAGUCGUAAAGAUUGAUUGUUGAUGUUUUUUGAUGAUAAAGAUUGAUCUGAACGUAGCCACUAUUCGAACAAGGCAAGAUAUUUUUCUACCAUAUAUGGUAUUUGGUGGUAUAAAUAUCAGAACAAUUUGGUCAUUUCGGGGAAUUCCCGACUGCUUUAGACUGUGAGUGUACGAGGAGAGGAUCCAAAAUUGCGAUUAUCAAUGUUGGUCGAGCCCCCAGUUCGGUGCGGGUUAAACUCUCUCUCUCUCUCUCUCUCUCUCUCUCGUUGUGUCUCAUCGGAGCUGCUGUGUGCAGCGAUUUUUGAGUUUUACUUCUCUGUGAAUCGCUCCUGGAUUGCUCGAAUAUGAAUUUCGGUUUGGCGCGUGAUUGAAUCAGUUUUGUGGAGAUUGUUGCGAAAAACAGUCGUUUGUGGCAUAGUAGGGGCAAAACAGGUUAGAUUGACCAUUCGGGCGGUUUGCAGUUCGUGAGUAAUUUAUCAGCCCAUCUCGAUGCGUGGGGAAUCCCUCGCAUAAAUGACAGUUUAAACGACACUGACUGUGAAAAGUUACGGACAGCAAUCGGACCAGAAACUUCUUGAGAGGAUUCGCUUCCAGGAAACUGGACUUAUAGCGAUUCUUUGUGGAGUUGAAACAGCCUGGAGCAGUGAGUUCACCACCACUAUCAAGUAGGAAUAGCACACUGAACAUUAAAAAUGGCAUGCUCAAAGCGGGAUGUUACAGAUCCGGAAACUGCAAAACUUUUGACGUACGAAAGCAGCAUCAAGUCUGGAACUCAUGGCGAAUUGUACCAAAAGCAGCUAGCGCUAGUUCUUUUGCUACGGCUGACACGACAGGAGAAGAAUUUCCGCUUAGCUUAUGAACUGACAUCCGCAGAUAAGUUUGGCGACGUGGUACUGUACGAUAGGACAGCCAAGCAAUGGAUUGUUGUACAAACGAAACAUUCCGACGGCAAAGAUUCAAAGAUAGAUCUCAAUGGUUUGCUUCCAAAAACUAAUCGAGAGAAAGGAGAUUUCAGUUUGUACAAAUAUUUCUAUUCCUAUAUGAUAGAUCGAAACAGGUUUAAAGGCAAAUUCAAAUUUGUGCUGUUCACCAACAAAAAACUAGAUGAAAAGUUGAAAACCGCUGAAAAUUUCGUGACGAUCAAGGACCGAUACGUAGAUGAAUUUCUUCGUUUUACAUCUGAUGGAGCAACCCAAAAAUUACUCAUACCGAGUGAAUUUACAAUACAAUCAAUCAUGGAAUACACCAACAGAGACUUAUAUUCCCUGAAGGACGCUAUCAAGCAACUAUUCAUUAAAGGAAUCAUAACAGACCAGCUUCUAAAGUACAAAGCAUAUUUGAAAGAUGUUUUGAAGGAGACGAAAAACUAUCAAAUAAGUUUCGCAGAUACCUUUAACGAAUCACUGAUUUUCAUUUCUGAAUUGUACAAAUUGCUUCAAUCAGAGUUACAGAAUUUAAAACCUAUUGUUAAACCACCAGAACUCGACGUCAAAGAAAUGGAACAUGGUUCUACAAAUUUGCCAUCAGUGGAUCUCAAACAUCUAGCUGAUGCCAUCGAGGAUCUUUUUCGUAACGGAAUUGUAUCCGAUUAUUUAAAAAAGUUCGAAAAUCUUCUAGCUUUGAUCCUGACAACAACUGCAAAUGGCCAGCUAGCAUUCAAAGAUACAUUCAGAAGUGAUGUAAUCUCUAAAGCUGAAUUGUAUAGAAUGUUGAAGGCUGAAUUAAAUGAUAUGGAAACAGUGAUUUCAACGGAGCAGAAGUUUUUCGACGGAAAGGCUUUGCGGAACAAACAUAAUUCACUAUUGUUCUAUGCGGAGGAAUCUGAUGUGAGGCAUUUUUUUGAGUUACUCACUCUAUCUGUGAAUCAACCGGUUGAGUUAGAAUCCUUCAUCAUCGAAGAAUUGUACUUAUGGAUGAGAAUGUGGCUGCGGCCUGACGUUUUAGGUAAGCUAACCGAAUACCAAUAUAAAAAUGCUGUGAAGGAUUUGGAUAAUCAUUUUGAAGCUACACUGAAACGCGAGCAAGCUAAUUCUAAACCAUAUUUCAAUCAACAAUAUGUAUCGCAGUUUUGCAACAAGUUACGGUUAAGAAUCGUAGAAUUGUAUCCAGCAUUGAAUGAUACGAAUCAGUUAUAUAUUAACAGGGUGCUUAUAUCUGAGAAAAAUGAUAUCGAUGAACUGCAAUAUUUACAAGCUUCUCAAUUUGAUGGAAACACAAAAUCUGAGCUGAGUCUUAAUUUAGAAGAUUUUUUUUCCUUUAAAAAUGAAAAUAAACUUUUUACCAAAACUUGCGAGGAAAUGACAGAUAGUGAAUUUGCAGCAAAUCUGAGGGUAAAGUUUGCACAAUGCCAGUGUCUAGUUUUGAUGGCGGAUUCUGGAAUGGGUAAAACUGAACUUCUUCGAUACCUUGCCCUUGAACAUCAAAAACUGUCAGGAACUGUUUACCUACUGUAUUUAAACAUACUACAAUAUUCUGAGGAAGGUAUCGGCAAUGAAGCAUCAUUGAAUAUCCUCAAAUCUGUGUUAUCUGACAAGAAUAUUUUGCUAAUACAGAAAGCUUUGGAAAAUAUAUCCUAUGAUCCCAUUACAAUCCUGUUGGAUGGAUAUAAUGAAAUACAUAAGAAAAAUAUUAAGAAAAUAAAUAGACUGUUGAAAUUAUUGUUCACAUCAAAACAAAUUCAGAUUGUUAUAAGUGUGAGAAAUCAUGAGAAACCAGCAUUGCAAAGCUUUUUAAAAGAGUGCAAGAUUAAUGUUCUAUACUAUUCUUUGGAGCCGUUUAGCAAAGAAAAUGUUAUUGAGUACCUUGCACAAUCUUGGAAAGAAAAAGUAGAGAUUGACAUCGAUUUCAAAUUUUAUUCAUACUCAAAAGUCUUGGUUGAGAAAUUUUAUAACUUGUGCAGCGUUCCAUUGAUGGUUAAAAUGAUGUCGAAAAUAUACAAGCAGCGUUUUGAGCAAUUCAAAGAAACUGGCUUUAUCGAAAAAAAAGAUGAAACAAGCUAUUUAAAAAAAGAGUUUUUAGAAGUUGAACACAUUUACGAAAUUUUCAUAAAAAAAUGUUUACUAGUAAAGAUAGAUGAUGCAUGCCAUGGCAUUGGGCAGGUCGACCUGAACAAACAAGUUUUUGUUGAGUUUUAUUUGGAUCAUCAACUCCUAGCAAUAGAAUUUCUAGAUGUUGAUGAGCUUAAAUUUGUGUUUAAAAAUCCAAAAUAUAUGAAAAACUGGGACUGUAUUGAAACAAAUAACCAGCGCCAGCUUGAAAAAUCCAUUCUAUUGAAUUUCGUUGACGGUAAAGUUUCAUUUUCUCAUUAUUCUUAUGCUGAAUAUUUUGUUGCCACCUUUCUGUGGGAUGAUUUUAUUGACUUAAAAAACAUUGUCAAAAAUGUAUUGUCUUGCUCCACAGGAAUAAGGAGGUUUUUUAUUCAAAUAAUCGAAAAAAACAUCAAACUUUUCGUAUCAAAAAUAGUCCAAGAGACGUCUUUUGACUCAAAAGAUGUUAUUUUCUGGGCUUGUGAAAGUGAUGCUGUAGAGUUGUUGAAAUAUCUGCUUUCAAAGAAAACUCUGUUCAGGCCAAAGGAGGCCAAAAUGCUUCACAUUGCCAUUGAAAAUGGCAGCGACAAAAUAUGUUCCUAUUUGAUCGAUGACUGUAUAGCACAUCCCGAUGCCAAGUAUGAUGGUGAUCUAGCUCCAUUACAUUCAGCCAUAAAAUACGGACGUAUAAAAUUAGUCCAGAUACUGCUGAGAAAUGGAGCUGACAUCAAUAUUCAAAACUCAGAAGGAUGGUCAGCUUUGCAUUAUGCAGUUCAUCGAAAACGAAUUGAUAUUGCCGAAUUAUUAAUUGAUAAAGGGAUUGAAGUUAAUUCCCGAAGCAAAAGCAAUUGGAAUGCACUUCAUAUUGCUUGCAAUAACGGUGAUGCUGAGUUGGCAAAUAUGUUAAUAGAAAAUGGAGCAGAGCUUCUUAUGAGGACAAAUGAAGAUAAAACUGCCCUUGACUUAGCUGCAUCGAGUGGUUGCACGGAAAUUGUAAUCACUAUAAUAAACAAUUUGAUCAACAUUUAUCCUUUGCACAGUAUGAUUGCCACCGCAUAUCGGACUGCUGAUUGGUGUGGCUACCAUACUUUACAGGAAGCACUUAUAAGUAAAUUCCCUAAACUUGCUGGUGACUUGGAUAUCGAUGAAACGCCAAUUCACUUUGCGGCUCGGAAAGGCUUAUUUGGAAAAGUGAAAGAGUUGAUAAACGACGGUUUCAAUGUAAAUGCGUUAAGUAAAUCAAAGCUCACAGCUUUGCACCUUAGCGCAUCUGCAGGGCACCGACUUGUUAUUGAUCUGCUGCUUGAUGUAGGUGCAAACAUAAACGCUGUAGAUGGAGAUAAUGUGACGCCACUCUAUUUGGCAUGCCAAAAUGGCCAUACAGUCGUUGUGGAGACUUUGAUAAGAAGAGGUUCUAGUAUUGACAUACUAACUCACAAUGAAUUGACAGUCCUCCAUACGAGUGCUUCCAAAGGCCAUUGCGAUAUUGUAAAUUUAUUGCUUCUUGAAGGUGCCAAAAUUAACGCUGUUGAUGGAUAUGGUGCGACACCGCUACAUUUGGCAUGUGAGAAUGGCCACAUAGAGGUUGUGAAGACUCUAGUCAGAAGAGGCGCCAACAUUCACGCGUUGACUUGUGAUAGUCUGACAGCUCUACACGUGAGUGCUUAUGAAGGUAACUGUAGUAUUGUAGACUUACUGCUUAAUUACGGUGCCAAUGUUAACGCUGUUGAGAUAGAUAAAUGGACACCCCUUCAUUUAGCAUGUCAGAAUGGCCACAUAGAAGUUGUGAAGACUUUGGUUGAAAGAGACGCCAACAUUAACGCACUGACUGCCAAUGGAUGGUCUGCUUUACAUGUAAGUGCUUACGGAGGUCACUCUAUUAUAGUGGAUUUACUACUUAGAGAAGGAGCUAACAUAGAAUCUGUUGUUAAAGGUGAUAUAACGUUAGGCGCUGUCUAUAAACUACGUAGACUCAUUUAUGGCUGUCUCAGAACCGCCUCGUUCCCCAAGUAGACUGCCACACAAAAUUGAGAAAACUUAUAUGCAUCGUAUAUAUGGAUGUAUAUAUGGCUCUCUUAUUUAUCCCGCGUUUCAAAAUGAAUAGCCAUUUUAGAAAAAAACAUGCUUGGUAAGCAUUAUAGCAAUCAUUAUUGAGCAUCAGCGCUACUAAAUAUUUUUUCGAGUUCCACUUUGUCGUAGCCGAGAGUAAAUAGUUUUCCGGAUUACACGGAAUUACGCGAGGAACUAUAUAAACGUUUUUAUUCGCGUGGUUAACAUGGCGACAACAAUACAUAACUGAGGUGCAAGUGGGGGAAACUAAACAAAGCAAAACAAGAUAGUUACAUUGUGGGCAAUUUGGGAUUGGCAACCCUACCAGCACAGAGAACAGACGUCCAAGCUCAUGUAGUGCAGUUGUGUAAAGCAUUGCAACGGUUGGUUUGAAAUAACUGGGAAAGUGCCCGACUAGAAGAUUCUAACAAAAAUAUAACAUAAUUAUAACAAACCAUGAUAUGUAUAACACAUUGUGAUAUAAUCAUGUUUAACAUCUUUGGUGUUCAAAAAUAUUAAAACUCAAUUGUAUCAUAUUAUGUUAUAAAUGUUGCUCAAUAACUCAUUGUGAAAUAAUUUAGUUUUGAUUCUUUGACAUUCAGAACAACAUUUUACACAAUUGUAUCAUAAUAUGAUAGAAACUAGUUUUCUUGAAGCUAAAAUUUAUAUCAUAUUGUGUUAUAAUUUUGAUCUGAUUAUAACAAAAUAGGUUAUUAUUUUGAUUAGACCGGUGUACUUUUCGUUACAAUUUUAGUUAUUUUAACAUCAUCCUGCAUCUAGUUUAUAACAUAAUAAGUUAUAGAAAAAUUUCAUAACAUCAUAACACAAUGUGUUAUAAACUUGAUAUAUUUUUCUAGUCGGGUGGCCAUUACGCGGCGCUGUCAAAUUUCGAAUCGGGGUACAAAUUUGCCGUUGUUUUGCCUUUUGGCGCUAGUGUCACCAAGUGUGCACCCUAGUAUAGUUCCACCAAGAGAAUGUGUUGGUUUUACUUGGAAAACAUUCAUUGAAUUCUUGUUCAACUUGUUUCUUAUUGAAAAUAAUGAAACUAACUAUCAAUGGGUUGCACAAAUUUUGUUGCUGGAUUAGUGAAAUAUUCAUAAACAUCUUGUUAUUUAAGCAAAUACAGCUCAGAAUCUGAGUAGGAAAAUUUAAAGGUGCGCUAGUGAAAUAUUUCUUCAGAAAGCGCCAUCAUGGUGUCGAAACAAGUUUUUGAGUGGGAAAGUCACCGUCGAUGUCGCUACUGAGCUUGUUUUUUCUUUACACAAGAUUUUCAAGCAAUUUUGUUCGAGCAUGUUCGUCUGUUCUCUGUGCUACCAGCCAGUAAUUCAGUGUGUGGCAUUUUAGGUAAAUCCUUAGGUAAAUUUCUCUGUGGUAAAUCUAUAACAAAUCUUCCCCCCUUGGAAAUAUCACAGAGAACAGACGGACAUGCUCGAACAAAAUUGCUUGAAAAUCUUGUGUAAAGAAAAAACAAGCUCAGUAGCGACAUCGACGGUGACUUUCCCACUCAAAAACUUGUUUCGACACCAUGAUGGCGCUUUCUGAAGAAAUAUUUCACUAGCGCACCUUUAAAUUUUGCUACUUAGAUUCUGAGCUGUUUUUGCUUAAAUAACAAGAUGUGUAUGAUUAUUUUACUGACCCAGCAACAAAAUUUGAACAACCCAUUGAUAAUUAGUUUCAUUAUUUUCAAUAAGAAACAAGUUGAACAAGAAUUCAAUUAAUGUUUUCCAAGUAAAACCAACACAUUCUCUUGGUGGAACUAUACUAGGGUGCAUACUUGGUGACACUAGCGCCAAAAAGUAAAACAACGGCAAAUUUGUACCACGAUUCCGAAUUUGACAGCGCCGCGUAAUGGCCACAUUCCCAGUUAUUUCAAAACAACCGUUGCAAUGCGUUACACAACUGCACUACAUGAGCUUGGACGUCUGUUCUCUGUGACUACAUGAGCUUGGACAUCUGUUCUCUGUGGUUAUAAGUUAUAAACACAGAGAACAGACGAACAUGCUCGAACAAAAUUCCUCGAAAAACUUGUGUAAAGAAAGAAACAAGCUCAGUAGCGACAUCAACGGUGACAUUCCCACCUAAAAACUCGAACCGACAUCAUGAUGGCGCCACAGAGAACAGACAUCCAAGUCCGGUUCCGAAACUGUGUAAGGAAUUUAACGGUCAUUUGAAAUCGGCAACACAAGUGGCAAUAGCGUGGCGCUGCAAUCGGUUAAUUUCCCAUAUUAAUUUAAUUCACCACUUGAAAUGUUUCAAUUCACCACUGACUGUGGCAAUAUGGUGUUUGGUGGCGUUAGUGUUGUCAUCGUGUAUUGGUUUGCAACCUUACUCAAGUGAAGAUGCGAAUCCUUACACAACUUUCUGAAUGAAAUUUGUUCUAGCCUGGAUGUCUGUUCUCUGUGAUGGCGCUCACUAAAGAAAUAUUUCACUAGCGUACGUUUGAAUUUUCCUACUCAGAGACUGUGCUGUAUUUGCUCAAGUAACAAGAUUUUCAUGCUUAUUUUAAUAAUUCAAAAACCCAAUUUGAGCAACGCAUUGAUAAUUAGUUUCACCGUUUCACCCCUUUCAAUUAGAAAUGAGUUGAACAACAAAUCAAUCUAGCAAAUCCAACACAUUAUCUCGGUAGAACAAUAUUGGGGUACACACCUGGCAACACCAGCGCCAAAAGGAAAAACAACGGCAAAUUUGUAGCCCUAUUCGAAAUGUGACAGCACCGCGUAAUGGCCACAUUCCCAGUUAUUUCAAAACAACCGUUGCAAUGCUUUACACAACUGCAUUACAUCACAGAAAACAGACGAACAUGCUCGAACAAAAUGGCUUGAAAAUCUUGUGUAAAGAAAAAACAAGCUCAGUAGCGACAUCGACGGUGACCUUCCCACUCAAAAACUUGUUUCGACACCAUGAUGGCGCAUUCUGAAGAAAUAUUUCACUAGCGCACCUUUAAAUUUUCCUGCUCAGAUUCUGAGCUGUAUUUGCUUAAAUAACAAGAUGUUUAUGAUUAUUUCACUAAUCCAGCAACAAAAUUUGAGCAACCCAUUGAUAAUAAGUUUCAUUAUUUUCAAUAAGAAACAAAUUGAACAAGAAUUCAAUUAAUGUUUUCCAAGUAAAACCAACACAUUCUCUUGGUGGAACUAUACUAGGGUGCACACUUGGUGACACUAGCGCCAAAAGGUAAAACAACGGCAAAUUUGUACCCUGAUUCGAAAUUUGACAGCGCCGUGUAAUCACAGAGAACAGACGUCUAUCUUCGCUUUCUGCCUUGUGUAAAACUUUGUAACGGUCAUAUUAGAGUAAGUGGUUAUGCUCCCGUUGCGUGGCGCUAGCGUCCCAUCACUUACAUUGUUGUGUUGUCAUUUUUGUUUCCAGUGCUCGCCGUUUUCGGCCGUUUGGCGCUCGUGUCGCUUUGUGGGCUAAUGUAUUUUAACGAUGGACACUGCCAUCGCGGGGUCAAAUCGACUUUAUAUGUGGGGCAGUCUCCGUUGGUGGCGUUGAGGUACACUCAAAUCCUUUACACACGAUUUCGACGUAUUUUUGUUCGAGCUUAAAUGUCUGUUCUCUGUGGUGUAAUGGCCACAUUCCCAGUUAUUUCAAAACAACCGUUGCAAUGCUUUACACAACUGCACUACAUGAGCUUGGACGUCUGUUCUCUGUGAUUACAUGAGCUUGGACGUCUGUUCUCUGUGCUUUUACCACAGAGAACAGACGUCUAUCUUUGCUUUCUGCCAUGUGUAAAACUUUGUAACGGUCAUAUUAGAGUAUGUGGUUAUGCUCCCGUUGCGUGGCGCUAGCGUCACAGAGAACAGACGUCCAAGCUCAUGUAGUGCUGUUGUGUAAAGCAUUGCAACGGUUGUUUUGAAAUAACUGGGAAUGUGGCCAUUACGCGGCGCUGUCAAAUUUCGAAUCGUGGUACAAAUUUGCCGUUGUUUUACUUUUUGGUGCUAGUGUCACCAAGUGUGCACCCUAGUAUAGUUCCACCAAGAGAAUGUGUUAGUCUUACUUGGAAAACAUUAAUUGAAUUCUUGUUCAACUUGUUUCUCAUUGAAAAUAAUGAAACUAAUUAUCAAUGGGUUGUUCAAAUUUUGUUGCUGGGUCAGUAAAAUAAUCAUACACAUCUUGUUAUUUAAGCAAAAACAGCUCAGAAUCUAAGUAGUAAAAUUUAAAGGUGCGCUGAUGAAAUAUUUCUUCAGAAAGCGCCAUCAUGGUGUCGAAACAAGUUUUUGAGUGGGAAAGUCACCGUCGAUGUCGCUACUGAGCUUGUUUUUUCUUUACACAAGAUUUUCAAGCAAUUUUGUUCGAGCAUGUUCGUCUGUUCUCUGUGCUAGCGUCUCAUCACUUUCAUUGUCGUGUUGUCAUUUUGUUUCCAGUGCUCGCCGUCUUUAGCCGUUUGGCGCUCGUAUCGCUUUGUGGGCUAGUGUAAAGCUAUGUUCGUUUAGAAUCCGGAAUGACAAAAUCACGUAUAACUUAGGGAUGGAAUAACAAACAUAAAAGGCGAAGCCCUCAAAACAAAGGUUAUUUAUUGUACUUUCAUGAAAAAAUAUCAUUGAAAUUAUUUAUUUUUAUUUUUCACACAUUUUCUCACUUUUUCAGUGUUGACCUCUCUAAAAAUCUGCACAACGGUGGUAAAUU